AUGGCUCCUGUGUUAAACGUCGGUAUCGUCGGAACUGGUAUCUUUGCUAGAGAUAGACAUUUACCAUCCUACCAAGAAUAUCCAAACGAUUUCAAAGUUGUUGCUGCGUUCAACAGAACUAAGAGUAAGGCUCAAGAAUUUGCCAAGAUUGCUGGUAUCCCAGAUGAUAAAGUUUAUGAUAACUUAGAUGAAAUCAUGAAUGAUAAAAAUGUUUCUUUUAUCGAUGCUUUAUUGCCAGCUCAAUUCAAUCUUUCUGCUGUCAAGAAAGCUAUCGAGGUUAACAAACCAAUUUUAUUGGAAAAACCUAUUGCUGCCACUAUGGCGCAAGCAAGAGAAAUCGUUCAACUCUCUGACGCUUCGGAUUUACCAAUCGCCAUUGCUGAAAAUUGGUUAUAUUUGACUUGUAUUAAAUUAGCAUUGAAACAAUUAGAAAGAAUUGGUCCAAUCGUUGCAUUUACUCAUAAUUCUACUGGACCAUUCGUAUCUACUAAUAAAUAUUUAGCUACCUCAUGGAGACAAAAUCCAGAACAUAUUGGUGGGUUCCUUUCAGACGGUGGUGUGCAUCAAUUGGCUUUAGUCACUGCUUUACUUGGUGAAUUCGAAUCUGUUUCUGCUUUAACAAAGCAAGUCCGUCCAGAAUCUGGUGCUGAUGAUAUUGUGUUCUCAACUGUUAAAAUGAGAGAUAAUAAUGUUAUCGGUAGUUUCACAUACGGUUCUGCUUUUGGUGCCACUGAAAAAUCUGUCUUUUUAAAGAUUUACGGUAAAAAUGGUACUGUUACUGUAGAAUUAUCUGACAAGACUCAACCACUUGUCAAAGUUAGGAUCGGUGAUUCCAUUGAAAAUGCUGGUAAGGAAGAAAUCUUCCAAGUUGAAAAAGAUGAAUCCUUUGGUGUUAACCCAGAAUUCUUGAAUUUCCACGAAGCUGUCUCCAAGAAUGAUAAAUCCUUAAUCAAAAGUUCUCCAAGAGCAACUUUCCAUCAUUUAGCAUGUGUCGCUGCCUUCUUAGAAUCAUCCGCUAAUAAUGGUAAGAACGUUUCCGUUGAAACAAUCUAA